AUGCACAGGCCUGUUAUGUCGUUGGACUCCACAAUAGUCCAUUGCCGUGACGAACCCCUUCAGAAGGUUCCCAAGGCUCCACCGCGAUCCCUGCGCAAAUCCAUUUCAAUCCCCGCCGUCUCGACACUAGUCAAAGAGUCAUGGAAUUGGGCCGGCGAUACCCUCAAUAACUACCGCGAUGGCCUUUCCGCCGAACAGCGGAGGCACCGGGCCGAAAUCGAGACCCGCAAACAAGUCCUUUACAUGAAGAUCAAAAAUGUGAGUACCUACCAACCGGUACCUGGCAGGCGGCCGCAUCUGCAGAGCUACCCUUCUAACCAUGACCGUGGGCUGCAGGCUGUGUCUUACGAGGAAUGGCGGAGCUGCGCCGAGGAGUUGGACGUGUUGGAACACAACAACGCCUGGAAGCAGGAACCUGAGUGCGACGAGUACUAUCCGCGACUUGUCCAGGAGCGCUUGCGACAACUGGAGGAGGCGCGCAUCAGUUGCGACGUGAGUCGUAUGCUUUUUCUCGUACGCACCGCUUUGAGCCGCGACCUCGGCAAGAUGAGCAACGCAUCGCUAUACCGUCACUCGCAUAUUGGGACGAAGGACCUGAUCGAACAGUACAUAGCCACGGCCCUCCACACAAUCAAGGCGUUGGUGGAAAUGUCGGAUAAUCGCUGUGACGGGUUGGAGCUGAAAUACAUUCUGGAUCAGCUGUUGGCAGCUCGUCAGGCAUUUGGCCGGAGUGCGCUGCUGUUUUCAGGAGGCGCAACUUUCGGCAUGAACCAUAUUGGUGUUUUGAAAGCUCUUUACGAACAGAAUCUUAUCCCACGCAUCAUCUCUGGAGCGUCAGCAGGGAGCAUAGUGUGCGCCGUGUUCUGCACUUGCCCAGACGAUGACUUACCAGGGCUUUUGGAUACAUACGUCCAUGAUGGGGAUUUUGCGGUAUUCAACAAGCAUGGCCAGGAGGAGAACAUCUUUCAGAAGACAGCGCGUUUCUUGAAACACGGAUCGUUCCUGGAUAUCUCCCACUUGGCAAACACAAUGCGCGGCUGGUUGGGCGAUAUGACGUUCCAAGAGGCUUAUAAUCGGACUCGACGGAUCUUAAAUAUUUGCGUGUCGAGCGCCGGCAUGUACGAACUCCCACGACUGCUUAACUAUAUCUCAGCUCCCAAUGUGUUGAUUUGGUCUGCUGUGGCCGUGUCGUGCUCGGUGCCCUUGGUUUUUAAGCCCUUCACAUUGAUGGCGAAAGACCCCAAGACAGGAGAGGCGAUACCUUGGAAUGACCUCCAUAGGCAAUAUAUUGACGGCUCAGUUGAUGGGGAUCUCCCGAUGACACGUUUAUCCGAGAUGUUUAACGUCAAUCAUUUCAUUGUCUCGCAGGUCAACCCUCACGUGGUUCCAUUCCUGCCAAAGGAAGAUGGUCCAAUAAAUCCCGCCGAGCACCGAUCAUUUUCCGUUCCCGCCUGGGUCAAUACCAUGACGCAUCUUGCGAAAGAUGAGAUACUUCAUCGAAUGACUGUCCUAUCAGAAAUGGGGGUGUUCCCGACCUCGAUGACCAAGGCUGCUUCGAUCAUGAAUCAGAAAUACAGCGGCGACAUCAACAUUUACCCCGAACUCAGCUCCUCGAAUUUCCCACGAAUCUUGGAGAAUCCGACUAAAGAAUUUAUGCUUGAAGCAUGUCUCAGCGGCGAACGGGCAACAUGGCCCCGAUUGAGCCGAAUCCACAACGCUUGUGCCAUCGAGCUGGCACUCGACAGAGCUAUUCAACAGAUGCGAGCUCGUGUGGCCUUCAGUCCAGGCCCACUUACUUUGCGCAAGGUAUGGGACGAGGACGGAUUCAAAGGAGGGGCUCCUAUAGUCACGAGCUUGUUCGAAGACGAUCCAGAGGGCACUCCCAAAGUCAGCCCCUGCAAGAAUUGCGCAAGGCACGCAGCACCGUCUCUCUCGAACACCCCCCCCUUGAUAUUCCCUGAUACAAUCUCCGCACCUCGGGUCAAGGCCCAUCAUCGACGAUCUUCAAUAUCUUUCGGCGGAGCAUUUACAACCGGGUCAGGCAGCGACGACGAAGAAGAUAAUGAGCUAACCUACACCAUCCGCCCCGGACCACCAUAUCACCGGGCAUCAUGGGAGGCUUCAUCGUACGGGGCAGAGUCAACCCACGGAAUUCUGCAUAGUCCCGUCCGAUCGCGGCGAUCGUCAUUCUCCACACACUCACCGCGGUCCGCAUCAAGCCGACGAGCAUCCCCCAAACAGGUGUAUGCCCCUUCGGCUCGGGAGAUCUCCAUGGCUCUCUCACCUUCGUCGCGCCACCUGCUCAGCAUGACGCCGUCAGUACAUCUGAGCUCUCAUGACAUCGUCGCGCGAAAAACGCGCCAUUGA